AUGGCACCGAAGAAUCCAGCAAAGGAGAAGCAGGGCAAAGGUGGCGGCAAAUCUGGCAAAGCAGAGGGACCGCUGCCGGCCACAUCUCAAGUACAGCUCGGGUUCCCCACGGAGGUGAUCACGGCCCUGCAAUCGAUACGGGAUCGAGCGACCUCCGAUCUACGCCUCGACGACUUUACGGUCGCAGAGGAUCGCACGCUGAUUCAGGCAGCGAAUCAACAAGCAUCUGCGAUCACCAGGGCGACCAAGCGCUUGGAAGCGAAUUCCAAGGCGAAAAUAGCUCUAGGCCAAGUCUUGGGACAAUGGCUCGACCGGAUCAACAAUGUGGGGACACGCAUCGAUGCGGACAUCCAGGACGCCACGGCGGCCUUGGAUGCUGCCUCCCAGGCUUGGGUUGGAAACGAGGAGCUCCGCAUUGCUGCCGAGCUGAGAGCGGCAGCCGCGGUGUCCGCCGGAAGUUCCGCGACCGUGCCGAUGCUGGGUGGACAGUUCGGCUUGCCAGAUGGUACAGGAGCAGGCCCCAUCGACCCCAACGCCGCGGCGGACAUGGCUUUUGGGGGAACAGGGAGCCUCAUGGAGGAUGUCCUUGUCGAUCCACUAUCCAGGCCGCCUGCUUCGCCUGGCCCUGGUCCUGGUCCUCCUGCAACAGCCUCGCUGGGUCGAGGUGGGCGCAGAAGAGGGCAACAGAUCCUGCAGCCUCCCCCCAGAAGAAGCGAGCCUCCUACAGUGGACAGCGCCGGGGUAGUCGACGAGCUCGCGGUUCCAUGGCACAGGACUGUCACGGGCAGGUCCCCCUUGGGCCACAAACCGGUGCCUUUCUCCCAGCUGGGAGAGGUCACCACCCAGCUGGAUACUGGAAGCGGCUUGCCAACACAAGGAGCUCCGGACACCGCGGAGCCGCCCGCAGCUGCACCCAUGCCUGCAGAAGUGAAGGACUCCGACCAAGGCGAAGCAGACUGGAUGGCGGCCCAACAAGCAUGGCUCCUGUCCUGGAUCGCGGUGGCGCAACGCCUUGUGGUACAAGGCCGAGAUUUGGUUGUUCGGGAUGUGCCGCGCUUCCCGGACAUGCGGCGACCGAAGAGGAGAUCCAGAGUUUCCAUGGCAUUGCGGAGUCUGUUUGGGAAACUCUGGUCGAGCAUGCGCAGAGCCCCGAUUGAGUGA